CGGCCUUUUCGCCAGAAAAUGGCGAAAUAAUCGCGAAAUCCUCUUAUACUUUCACGUAACUUGCCACAAUCAGAUUAGACCGUAGUCGACAGCUGUGAACCGAUUUUUUUAAGAAUUUGACUCUGUAAGGCUGUUUUUCUGAAGAGACUUCAGAUGAUGUCAGGCGGAAGGUCAAGACGAUAAAAUUUAACCAGAUACUACUAUCGAUGGUGUGAUGUCCGCAGUUUUCUCUUACGUACACUUUUGAAAAGAGGAAAUGGCUGACUAUCCAAGGCCAUUUGGCAGAUAUGAUGGUGAAGAUGAUGAAGAAGAAGACGAUGAAGAGGAUGCAAUUCCCAAGAUCAGGAUUGGGGUCUGUGCAAUGAGCAAAAAGACCAACUCCCAACCGAUGCAAGAGAUAUUGGGUCGAAUGUCAGCAUUUGACUGUGUAGACAUAUUUGUGUUUCCUGAUGACACUAUCCUGAAUGUUCCAGUGGAGGAAUGGCCCAUCUGUGACUGCUUGAUCUCGUUUUACUCCAAAGGCUUUCCACUUGAGAAAGCGAUUGAGUAUGCCAAGCUCAGAAAACCAUUCAGUCUAAAUGACUUGGAAAUGCAAUAUGCUUUGAUGGACAGACCAACAAUGUACAGCCUUUUGAAGAGCGAAGGGAUUGAAACACCAAGACAUGCUAUUUUACUACGAGAUGAUGAUGGAAAUCCCAUAAACACAAAUUUUGUUGAGUCUGAUGAUUCUGUACAGAUAGGCGAUGUUGUAUUCCAAAAACCCUUUGUUGAGAAACCAGUAAAUGCAGAAGAUCACAAUGUGUACAUAUAUUACCCCUCAUCGGCAGGAGGUGGCAGCCAAAGAUUGUUCCGGAAGGUGGGAAAUAGAAGCAGUGUGUACUCAGGCGAGAGUUCAGUACGGAAGAAAGGGUCUUACAUUUAUGAAGACUUCGUGGUCACUGAUGGAACAGAUGUGAAGGUGUACACAGUGGGCCCAGAGUAUGCUCAUGCUGAAGCACGCAAGUCUCCUUCACUUGAUGGAAAAGUUGAAAGAGAUAGUCAAGGAAAGGAGAUACGUUACCCUGUCAUCCUAAACCAGUAUGAGAAAGAACUGGCAAACAAAGUCUGCAACUUGUUCAAGCAAACAGUUUGUGGGUGUGAUUUACUUCGUACUCAUGGCAAAUCCUAUGUUUGUGACGUCAAUGGCUUCAGUUUUGUGAAGACAUCCAAGAAGUACUAUGACGAUGCAGGACAUGUCUUAAUGAGUCUUAUUGUACAUAAACUAGCGCCCCAAUUAUAUACAGGGUACAUUCUUGAUUUACCAGAGGAGACACCCACUGUUGAACCCCUAGAGGGUACUAUGUUAGAGCUAAGGUGUGUCAUUGGCAUCAUCAGGCAUGGUGACCGAACACCUAAACAGAAAAUGAAGAUGGAAGUUCGACAUCCAAGAUUUAUUGAACUGUUCAAAAAGUAUAAUGGCUUUGAUGAACACAAGCUCAAGCUGAAGAGACCGACCCAGUUACAAGAAGUAUUAAAUAUUGCUAGAGAUUUGUUAGCCAACAUUAAGGAGGGGAUUCCAAUCUUCGAGAGUCGUAACAAGCUCCAUCAACUCAAAAGUGUGUUAGAAAUGUAUGGGUAUUUCUCUGGAAUUAACAGAAAGGUUCAGUUCAAGUACAUUGGCAAACCUCGAGACGGGAGUGAAAGUGAAAGCAGUGAGAGUCGCCUAACAGACUCUGGUUCAGAUGAAAAGAGUGGAAAAAAGAAAGGAGAGAAGGAGGCCAAAAACAAAGACAGUACAGAAGUCAGAGGGCAAUCAAGUGAAGAAUCACAAGAAAAUGAAGAUGAAAAGGAUGACAAACUAAAGGUACCAGUUGACUCUGAACAUGCACUGCUGCUGAUAGUCAAGUGGGGUGGAGAACUGACCACAAUGGGAAAGGAGCAGGCCUUACAGUUAGGACGGGCUUUCAGGAGCAUGUACCCUGGAGGUCAAGGAAGAUACUCUAUGUCUGGUAUUGGUCUCCUGCGACUUCACAGCACUUACAGACAUGACUUGAAGAUUUAUGCAUCUGAUGAGGGAAGAGUUCAAAUGACAGCUGCAGCAUUUGCAAAGGGUUUUCUUGCACUUGAAGGUGAACUAACACCAGUUCUUGUACAUCUGGUACGAAGUGAUAAGAACACUACAGAAAUGCUUGACACCUCCAGUGCUGCCACCAAGAUACUGGGAAAAGUGAAACACAGGCUUCAUGAUAUGCUUCACUCCAAUGAGGAUUUCAAAGAAGACGAUUUCACCAAGCUUGCACCAACCAAGUCUCCUUCUGUAAUACAUGCCAUGAAAUUUGUUAAAAAUCCGUACAAAAUGUGUGAAAAGCUAUACAACUUGGUAGCGAAUCUUACUGGACAGUUAAAGGAACUGAUAUCCCAGAAAACUUAUGAUCCAAGAGAUCCUUUCCUUUACCAUGAUGAAACACUGGAGCUGAUGAUGCACAGGUGGACAAAAUUAGAGAAGGAUUUUAAGUUGAAAAGUGGCCAGUUCGACAUCAGUCUUAUUCCAGAUAUCUAUGAAUGUAUCAAGUACGACGUGCAGCACAACAGUAACCUGUGUUUGAAUAACGCUCUGGAUUUAUACAAGUGUGCCAAGGCUUUUGCAGACAUUGUUAUUCCACAGGAAUAUGGAAUAACGAUGGAAGAGAAGUUAGCCAUUGCUCAAAGAGUAUGUGUCAGACUUUUAAGGAAGAUUAGAGGGGAUCUCCGGCAUGCAGACAAAUCAGAUAUACACACUCGCCUUAAUCCCAGUUACUCACAGAGUGUGGAAACUCCACAUCGCCAUGUUCGAACAAGGUUGUAUUUCACAAGUGAGAGUCACGUGCACACAGUGCUGAAUGCUUUCCGAUUUGGAAAGCUUUUUGAAUAUAUUCCAGAUAGCCAAUGGCAGAAAGCUGUAAAGUUCUUAAGCGAGGUACCGGAAUUGAACUACAUGACCCAGAUUGUGCUGUUGUUGUAUGAAGACCCAAAGGCGGAUCCUUUGUCUGAAAACCGAUUUCAUGUAGAGAUGCACUUCAGUCCUGGAGCCAAGACUAUGGAUGAUCCAGAAUUCUUGACAAGGAGCUCACCUACAAGGAAACGUAGUGAGGAAGAUGUAAGAGUCUCAUCAGCCGCUACCGGUUCAACGGCAGGGAAUGUAAACACAAUGAUCAGAGGUGUCGGGGAUGAUGGCCAUCAAAGUCAGGAUAGCCUGGUUAAUACGACAUCAUCAAUUUCCAAUCCUAAUUCAUCUUCUUCUCCUUGCGUAACAGCCACAAGCGCUCAUCCGGGACAAUCCCAGACGACGAAAAAAACUGAAAGUUCUGUCGACGAAACUGCACAAAGCACUGUCGGCAGCUCCGCAGGUGCAGAGCUAAACUCCACUGCGGAGGAAGUUUUUGAAAGCGGAGAACUUGAGCCUUACGAUGAGAUUGUGUACGCUGGUAAUGAGCGGCCACGUUUUUCAAUCGGUAUGGAAGACUAUUCAGAUUCUGCCAUAGGUGAAGGCACAGGUGAUAGUACUGUGUCCUCGGGUACGUCCAUUGAUGACUCGUCUGGUGAAGAGAAACCGCUGAAGAGGCAAAGGAACAGUUUGAGUGAAACAGAGAUCAGCCCCGCCCCAACUGAAAUCGAGAGAAGGUGUAAGUCGGACAGUGAUGUGGUUUCCAUGGGAAGUCCAACAAGGGAUUCUCCUCUGUGAAAAAAAGCGAAGGACCAAGAGGCAAGUUCGAUAAAGUGCAUCGAGGAAGAAGAUGAUUCAAAACCACAGCUGGCCAGUCGAAGGCCGAAGGCCCACUCGUUGGGUGGAUCACCUGAUGAAUAUGGUUUUGGCAAGUUGACAGAAGGAGUCAGGACUGAUUUGCACACCGUUGACGAAGAAGAUCAGGAGAAUGAGUACGGUUCAAAUGAUGAUGAUCAACAUGGGAAAAGAAGCGUUGGAGAGGAUGAUGACGUGAUUCUUGACGAAGAAGGGAAUGUUUUAUUGACAGGCAAAGCCAAGCCCUCGUCGGCCAAGUCGGACACUUCUUCUGUUCGGCCACGUAAAGUCUCGUUUGACGUGGUGCGUGACCAGGGAAAGAGCGACCUGAGCGGUCAGCCACUGAAGGUUGUCCACUCUACUCCUUCCUUAAAGAAGGGAGGUUCCCCUCGGAGGCCAAGUCUCGGAACUAAAACCUCAUCCAUUCGUGCGGUCAGAAAUCUUUCGUAUGCCAUUCAAAGUGCUUUAGUUGUCAAGCCAUAUUCUGUAACAAAAAGCACGAAAAACAGUCGAAAGCCACCAAUUGCAGACUUCUAUGAAGAAAUGACAAAAGUGGAAUCACUGAAUCCCUUGCGAACACUUCACAAUGCGAUACCACUCAGGGAAAUGGACAACUACUUUGACAAGACCACUGAUCAGAACUACGAAGCUCUUCAUACACCUGUUAGUACUCCCUCAAGGAAGGCUCCGUCCAAGAAACUUGCUGCCAAUUCUUCAAAUCCUACACAGUUACUAGCGAAGAUGUCCGGCGCGGGGAGCGAGGUCGUCGAGAGAGUUGAGGAUAUGGUGAAGGAAAAAAUAGAAGAUCUGGAUUCUUGAUUCUUCAGGCUUCUUUUUCCGAUGAGAACAACCAAAAAGCAGAUUUUGUUAAUGAUAAAAUUGGAAUGGUGGAAUGCAUUUUAUCCACGAUAAAUUAUUAGCUUUUAUAAAAUAACUGAGUUAUUACAAGCUCCCUGAUUGGCCAAAAACGCAUCUUUUAUUGCAUCAGUCGAUCCAUAUAUAUUUGAUAAAAGCAAUAGACCCUACUUUCUCUUGGUUCCCGGCGAAAUAUCCCGCUUGGGAUGUUUGGGGAACACGAGAAAAGUUUGUAAACCACAAACCUCAGGCGAGUGAUAGACAAACUUUUCUCGUGUCCCACCAACAUCCCACGUGGUUUAUUUCGCCGGGAUACCGAUAGAAAGUACGAUCUUUUGUUUAAUUGAAAGUUGUUUGACUGCCAACACAAAAAUCCUUAACCAAGAUACCUAAAAUAUUUUCGGACAUGUUUAAAUCCACAACCAAAGGAAUUAUAUCGUUUUAUUUAAUUUUAGUUGCGUUAACUUAUGAUGAAUCUCAUUUAAAAACAGAGGACUCAAGCAAAACACAAACUGACAACAGUUAGUUGAAUCUCAGUUAGCUGAUUGGUUUCUUCUUGUCGGCAGAGCAAAAUUUCAGAUACACUCGCGGUGUUCUCAGUUUCCAGAGUUUCACUGUAACUUAUUCAUGAAAGUUUUAAUUGAGGCCCUCCCUCUGUCGUACAGUUACUUUUUCUGCACGUGAAGUUUACGUAAGUCAUUUUCAUUCCAUCCAGCUAAUUUACAAAAAGUGUUGUUACAGGUAAAUCGAUUUGUUGACGUUGCUGCAAGAUAUUUAUAAUGAAAAAUUGCCAACAGUAUUUAAAGCUGGAAAACGGACUGUUUUUCUUGAUGUUUUCAUGGAUACUUGUACUGAAGAAUUGUACGCGCUUACAACCCGUGGAAUUUUUAUUUAGUACCUUCCAAGCUUCGUUAAUCCUUCAACCCCUUAUAGUAACAACAUCACCCUUGAAUGAAACAAAGUUAAUGAGAUAAAAGAAAAUGAUCAGCAUUUGAAGAAGCCCUGAUCGUCAAUCAAAUUCUCCUAGUCAGCACCACAGGAAAUGUUGCCUGAACAGUGUACGAUAAUUUUAGGGUAAAAGCUUAAAACUAGUCCCCAUUAAAGCUCAUUUUGAUAUUUGUUUUUCUUGUUAAAUUCUUGUUUCCCCAGAUGUUUGAAAUGUCAGUUUUUGUGAACUAAUUCCCAUUUUCCUUCUUCAUUUUGUGUAAAAUAAACUCGUCUCCAUGUUAUCAGCGAUCACUUUGCUUUCACGCGCUUAUUUCAAAUAGAAUUGACUCUGUUGUAAAGUUGUGUUUAUUUCUUUGCUAUACAAGCAAAUGCGAUCGAUCCUCAAAUGAACACCUCGCUUUCAAAUACUUAAAGGGUUAGACUUACGUGACCAGGAAGUUCGAAAGAACAAUAGUCUGCUCUGAGAUUCUUGAUACAUCAGUGUUCUCUUUCCGAUGAGAAUGACCGAAAGCAGAUUUUGUUAAUAUUAUGAAUCGAUCAGUUCGAAGCUUCAACACCCCCUGCCAAGGCAGCCCGUCGGGCAUUUGAACCUUUGAAGAUUGGUUUGUUCAACUUCCGGCCCCCCCGGGUCAUCAUAACCCUGCACUAACAUCGUUUCCUUCUCGUGGAAGACUCAAAUCGAUGCUGUUAUU